CCUACCACUCCCAGCACGCACCGGGGGGCACGGGAAGGGUGCGUGGGCGUGGCGCCGCGCAGUGCAGGCUGGGAGCUGUAGUUGUCCCCAGAGGCGGUGCCGUGCCGGAGCCGCCAUGCCGGAGGGGACGGGAGCGCUGCGGGAGGUGCUGCCCAAGCAAGGACAGCUGUCGGUGGAGGACACGGCCUCCAUGGUGCUGUGCAAGCCCAAGAUCCUGCCCCUCAAGUCGGUGUCGCUGGAGAAGCUGGAGAAGCUGCAGAAGGCGGUGCUGGACGCGGCCCAGCCGCCCGAGGCGGCCCCGCCGCCGUCCGCGGGGGCCGCGCCGCCCCGGCAGUAGCGCGGGCAGGGUCGUGCCCGGCCCCGCGCUCGCAGGUACCGCUUGGAACGGGGCUGCGGGCUAAGCGGGGCCUGACGGGGGGUGGUGCCGGCUGGGCGGGCAGGCCGCGCCUCGGGCGCCGCUGGUGUGCAAGUUGCGCUGGUCGCUGCCCAGGCGCUGCUUUGAACCCGUCUUUAGAGGUACCGAGUUCCACAAGCCCCUGCUCCAAGCCGGGCUUACCAGACCCGCUCGAGCACUGAAGCGCUUCUCCUAGAGCACAGCAUAUUCCCGGCCCUGGAACGGCUAUUCCCAGCAUUCUGGAACACCUGAAAUCUUGACGUGGAACUGAAAAACAAAGGAGAGGCUCUACCGAGUUCCUGUAAGCGAGUCAUCCUUAGAUCCAUCUUGUUCUUGAGCAAGGGCUGCACGAAGCUCUGCUGCAAAGACACGUUCACAGGAUCUGUGCCAGCGUGGACGCUCCUACGCAAGUCAGUUGUGUUUUCCAAAACAGAUCUGGUAAAUACUCACUUGCCAUGAGCUUAAUUAUUCUGUGCUCUCCUCCUGACUGCAAUACCAAAGGGCAGCAUUAGAUGUACCGCUUAAUUUAUUCUGUUUAAAAUAAAUAAAAAGGAGGCAGAAACAAGA